GCUGCUGGCAAGGAAUGAAUGACAGCUGGGCGGGGCUCAGGCUCCGCCCCCCGGUUGUCUCUUAUAUUGCGCACACGAGGUCGUGGCUCUUAAUAUGGCGCAGGCGAAGAUCUGACAACCGGCUUCUCACCGACUGUCAGGACGCGAAUCUAGGACCUACCGGGCAUCCCGUGAAUGAAGAGUCUGCCGGAUUCCUUGUUUUCUGCAUCAUGGAAGUUUCUUCACCUGUAACCCACCAGAGCCAAAGGACCUCUCAAAAAACAAUUUCCAUACAGAGCAAAUAGCAAAGACUUCAGUCCGAGACUCUCGGCCCCGUUCAGUUUACUGCAUAUUUAAUUUUAUAGUAAUUUAUUGAAUUAUUUUCAUACCUCUACGUUGUUUUGUUUACAUAGUAUUUUAUUUUUUUAUAAUCUAUUUCCACAUUGAGCCAAAAAAAAAAGAGAAAAUUAUGGAAUCGACAACCGUUUUCAGCGUAGUUACCAGUACCAUCGGCAUCCAGGAGGGGGGUCCAAUGUCCGACUACCUGUGGAUGCUGGUGGUGGGCUUUAUCAUAGCGUUUGUGCUGGCUUUCUCAGUUGGUGCCAACGAUGUAGCAAACUCCUUUGGCACGGCGGUGGGCUCUGGUGUGGUGACGUUAAGGCAAGCUUGCAUUCUGGCCUCCAUCUUUGAAACCGUGGGAUCUGUUCUCUUGGGCGCUAAAGUGAGUGAAACCAUCCGGAAAGGACUGAUUGACGUCACCAUGUACAACACGACUCAGCAGCUGCUAAUGGCGGGUUCCAUCAGCUCCAUGUUUGGCUCUGCUGUGUGGCAACUUGCAGCUUCCUUCCUGAAACUGCCGAUCUCUGGGACACACUGCAUUGUUGGAGCCACGAUCGGCUUCUCUCUGGUGGCUAAAGGACAGGAGGGCGUGAAAUGGACGGAGCUGCUUCGAAUCGUGCUGUCCUGGUUCAUCUCUCCUCUGUUGUCCGGCAUCAUGUCUGCUCUGCUGUUUUUCCUUGUAAGAAGGUUCAUUCUUCGCAAGCCUGACCCUGUACCCAAUGGACUGCGUGCCCUGCCAGUGUUCUACGCCUGUACGAUCGGCAUAAACCUGUUCUCCAUCAUGUACACCGGCGCACCUCUGCUUGGAUUUGACAAGAUUCCCCUGUGGGGCGUCAUCCUAAUCUCUGUGGGUUGUUCUGUGAUUUGCGCCCUGGUCGUGUGGUUCAUAAUCUGUCCCAGGAUGAAGAAGAAGAUAGAACGUGAAAUGAAAUCCAGUCCGUCAGAAUCUCCCUUGAUGGACAAAAAGAAUAUGGACCAAAGCCACAUCCUGAAUCCAGAACCAGAUGUGAAAUUGCCUAUCGAGUGCGGUAUCUCUACAGAGACCAAGGUGCCCAUUUUGGACAUGGUGUCUGCGCCAUCACGGGCUGCAGAGGAGCGGACAGUGAGCUUCAAGAUGGGUGACUUUGAAGUCCCAGAGAGGGAGAAGUGUCGGAGCAUGGAGACCAACAUUGACCAGCCAGUAAAUGCCGUGCAGUUGCCAAAUGGAAAUCACGUACAAUUCAACCAGACCGUUAGCAACCAGAUGUCUUCGAACGGGCAGUAUCAUUAUCACACCGUGCACAAAGAUUCUGGUCUGUACAAAGAUCUGCUGCACAAACUGCACUUGGCCAAAGUGGGAGACUGCAUGGGAGACUCCGGUGAGAAGCCGCUGCGCCGCAACAACAGCUACACCUCCUACACCAUGGCGAUCUGCGGGAUGCCUCUGGAUUCCUUCAGGAACAAGGAGGCAGAGGCACGCCCAGAGGAGGCUGAAAAACUAACCUGGCCCGGAGCUGAUGGGAAGAAGCGCACUCGCAUGGACAGCUACACCAGUUAUUGUAACGCAGUGGCAGACACACACCAGGAUGUUGGCGCAGAAGGACAUGAAGAAGUUUGUGCAGUAGAGGAGGCUGCCAACAUGAAAAGCAGCAACUCCUCACUAGAAGAAUGGCAUGAUAAAGACAAGCCCGAGGUGUCUCAGCUCUUCCAGUUCUUACAGAUCCUUACUGCUUGCUUUGGCUCUUUUGCACAUGGUGGGAAUGAUGUCAGCAACGCCAUUGGUCCUUUGGUUGCACUUUGGCUGGUUUAUGAGACUGGAGAUGUAACCACCAAGGCUGAGACCCCUAUUUGGCUGCUCCUCUUCGGAGGGAUUGGUAUCUGUAUUGGUCUCUGGGUUUGGGGACGAAGGGUUAUGCAGACAAUGGGCAAAGAUCUGACCCCAAUUACCCCCUCAAGUGGUUUCAGCAUUGAGUUGGCAUCUGCCUUGACAGUUGUAAUUGCUUCAAACGUUGGUCUCCCCAUCAGCACGACGCACUGUAAGGUUGGGUCUGUUGUAUCCGUUGGAUGGCUUAGAUCCAAAAAAGCAGUGGACUGGCGUCUCUUCAGAAAUAUCUUCUUGGCUUGGUUUGUCACCGUGCCAAUUUCGGGCCUCAUCAGCGCUGGCAUCAUGGCACUCUUCAAGUACGCAAUCCUUAAAGUAUGAUUUGAUGCUGAAUU